GCAUUGAAGGUGAAGGUGGAUUACGACACCGACAUGGUGUCUGUGCUGGGCGAGCCGUGGACAACGGUCCUAAAAGGGCCGAAGGGAGAACAUCUCCUAGCCCUGGACGACGGCAUGAACGAGGACACCCUCGUCGAUUACGACUUCGACUAUGAUUUCCUCGCCGACGGUGUUCUCCACAGCCUCGGGGACUACCUCAAGCAGUCGGGCCGAGUAGGCCCUGUCUUCAUGGAUGAGAUUAUGUUGGAGGAGGACGAGCCGACUAUCAACCUCCUCGACGACAAUGCUCAGGAGCUGAUUCGGGAGAAUUCCAACCUCACGCCCGCUGUCGAGCGGUCCCCGCUGCCCGCUGCCUUGUGGAAGAGCAUCAUUUUCGGCAUCAACCGCUCUAAGAACAACAUCAACAGGCAGCUCGAGACCCGGACCUUCGAUCUGCCGGAGUGGAACUUCGAGGAUGCCAGCCAUAGACGAUCUUUCUUCGAGUUGCUGGAGAAAGAGGACCUCGACGUUCUACAGGCAACCAGGGACUUUGAGCGCCAUACUCACCUCCUCUUCGUGAGACGAGUUUUUGAGGUCAUCGUGGACCAGUGCGCUUUGGGAGCUGCCCUACCGGAUGCCUACGGGAACCAGAUCCCCAUCAAGAAGGCUACGCAGCUGGUAGUGAAGCACCAGCUGCUCACGGAGACUACAGGUGUGAUGGAAGCCACCGCCACCAGUGCCUACUACGCCCACUUUAUCUACGGCAACUCUACGGCAGAAGAGGCACUCCCAGCCUCUGACGUGGACAUGGAGGAGUACGAGCCAUCGGAAGCACCACCAGAGGAUGACGAUCUCUACCCCCUCAAGACGGCCGGCGACCUCAACGACAUCGACCUCCCGACCAACAAGGACAUUGAGGCAGAACGCCGUUUUUUUGGACGGGGCGAACCGAGGGCGGAAAUAGACCCGACACAGUCAGAGUCUACUUCCGCACAUCCCAUUGCACAACCAGAUCCACCACAAUCAGAGUCUACUUCCACACAUCCCGUUGCACAACCAGAUCCACCACAAUCAGAGUCCACCCCGACGUCUGUCAAGCUCACUGGGUGUCUCCAAAAGCUAGAGUGCAGGACACCAGCAGAGGCUCAGCGCAUUGUUGCCCGUCUGCACAGGAACCUUGGACACCCCAACAAUCGAGAUCUACGAGUGGUGUUGGCACAGAGUGGAGCCAACAGACUGGUGGUUGAGACAGCCGAGAACCGAGAACUACCAGUGUCCCACGUGUCGGAAGCUGGCGCCCCCGGUACAGGUUCCAAAGACUACACUGCGGACCACCUUCCGCUUCUCAACGAAAGGCUGCUCUCCGACACGGUGUGGCUACAAGUGCUGGACAAGACCGUCCCAGUCAUCACCAUGAUGGAUGCUGCGACCCGGUAUGUUGCCGCUCGAGUGGUGCGAAGGGAGGCCUCCACUGACUUCCUACAAGCUCUGGAGAGGGGUUGGAUCCGUGUCUUUGGUCCACCGAGGACUCUGUUUGUCGACAGCCACCGUGCAUGGGGGAGUGAUGAAGUGAUGCGCUACGUGACCGAGCAGGGGAUUGAGCUGGUGAUCUCCCCUGGCGAAGCACAUGAGCGCUUGGCUCAACUGGAGUCAGAGCCUCUCGGUGGGCGGCUUCAGCCCCACGCAAUGGGUUCUUGGCUAUACCAGCCCAACAUCCCUGACAGCCUCCUGGACUCCAACGUCAACUACAGCCACCUGGAUCCGACCGAAGCCUUCCAACACAAGAUGCAGUGCAAG